GGGGAAAAAAGCGAAAAACACAUUUGAAGGGAAGGGAUGUGUGGCCGGCAGGGUGCAGUUAGACUCCUCCAUCUUAGACACAGACGAGAUGGCUCUGCUCUCUGCACGACUCGCCUCCUCCUUGGCGCGCCAGCUGCCCAGGACAACCUCCCAGGUUGCCAAGCUCUUGCCUGCGGCCUCCAUCGUAUCCCGCAAGCUCUCCACCAGCAAUGUCGUGGCGUCGGCUGAGGUCUCCACCAUCCUGGAGGAGCGCAUCCUGGGUGCUGCUCCCAAGGCCAACCUGGAGGAGACUGGUCGUGUACUGAGCAUUGGUGAUGGUAUCGCCCGUGUCUAUGGCCUCAAGAACAUCCAGGCUGAGGAGAUGGUGGAGUUCUCCUCGGGGCUCAAAGGUAUGGCUCUGAACUUGGAACCUGACAAUGUUGGUGUUGUGGUGUUCGGUAAUGACAAGCUGAUCCGAGAGGGUGACAUUGUGAAGCGUACUGGAGCCAUUGUGGAUGUGCCAGUCGGUGAGGCCAUCCUGGGCCGUGUGGUGGAUGCUCUCGGCAACACUAUUGACGGCAAGGGACCCAUCACUGGCGGCCAGAGGGCUCGUGUGGGAGUGAAGGCCCCCGGCAUCAUCCCCCGCAUCUCUGUGAGGGAGCCCAUGCAGACUGGCAUCAAGGCUGUGGACUCACUUGUGCCCAUUGGCCGUGGACAGCGUGAACUGAUCAUUGGAGAUCGUCAGACUGGCAAGACUGCCAUUGCCAUCGACACAAUCAUCAACCAGAAGCGUUUCAACGAUGGUGCCGAGGAGAAGAAGAAGCUGUAUUGUAUCUAUGUUGCUAUUGGACAGAAGAGGUCAACUGUUGCCCAGAUCGUGAAGAGGCUGACUGAUGCUGAUGCCAUGAAGUACACCAUUGUGGUGUCUGCCACUGCCUCUGAUGCUGCUCCCCUGCAGUAUCUGGCUCCCUAUGCCGGCUGUGCCAUGGGAGAGUACUUCCGUGACAACGGCAAGCACGCCCUCAUCAUCUAUGACGAUCUGUCCAAGCAGGCUGUGGCCUACCGUCAGAUGUCCCUGCUGCUGCGUCGUCCCCCUGGCCGUGAGGCUUACCCUGGUGAUGUGUUCUACCUCCACUCCCGUCUGCUUGAGCGUGCUGCCAAAAUGAAUGACACCAAUGGUGGCGGCUCUCUCACUGCUCUGCCCGUCAUUGAGACCCAGGCCGGUGACGUGUCUGCGUACAUCCCCACCAAUGUGAUCUCCAUCACUGAUGGACAGAUCUUCUUGGAGACUGAGCUGUUCUACAAGGGUAUUCGUCCUGCCAUCAACGUGGGUCUGUCUGUGUCUCGUGUAGGCUCAGCUGCCCAGACCAAGGCCAUGAAGCAGGUUGCCGGCUCCAUGAAGCUGGAAUUGGCCCAGUACCGUGAGGUGGCUGCCUUUGCCCAGUUUGGCUCUGACCUUGACGCUUCCACCCAGCAGCUGCUGAACCGUGGUGUGCGCCUCACAGAGCUGCUCAAGCAGGGACAGUAUGUGCCUAUGGCCAUUGAGGAGCAAGUGGCAGUCAUUUACUGUGGUGUGCGUGGCCACCUGGACAAGCUUGACCCCUCCAAGAUCACCAAGUUUGAGCAAGAGUUUAUGGCCAUGAUCAAGACCAGCCACCAGGAUGUCCUCAACACCAUUGCCAAGGAGGGACACAUCACCCCAGAGACUGAUGCUAAAUUGAAGAAGAUCGUGAUAGACUUCAUGGCCACCUUCCAGGCUUAAGCUUAUUUAUGGAGAGGUUGUCUGUUAAGAGAUGGCAGGAGAUCCACGUGUUCCCUCAAAAUGAGAGAAUGGACUCUAUUUUCCCAUGCAGUGUCUGGAAGUGCUCGAUACAGGGGAAUGUCUUUAUUUCCUGAUGUAUAUAUUUAAGCCAAUGUCAAUAAUUCAGAGGAUCAGCUCUGAACGCCCUUCUCCCUUUACAUUUCCAUAUUUUUUAAUUAUUAUGGAGGUAGCCACAUUGUAUAUAGAAAGUUUAUUGUCCCAGAAAUCUAUGCCUGAGUUUAAAAGUAAUUGUAAUAAAGUGGAAAAUUGUGUAGAGGUUCUCCAUAAUAAAUAAAGGGACCUUUUUUA